CCGCUCGCCACUUUUCGCCACAAUGACUUCAUUCGACGACAUCUUGGAGGAAGUCGGAAAGUUCGGCAGCUGCCAAAAGCGCAUCUUCGCCCUUCUCUCCCUGGUGUCCGUUCCCUGGGCUGGCGUCUACGUGGGCAUCGUCUUCCAGGGUUUCACGCCGGACCACUGGUGCCGGGACGGCGCGGUGGAGCAGUGGAGGCGGUCGUGCGAUCGCAGCCCGGCCGACGGCCGGCGGCUGAUGGCGUCGCCGGUCAACGUGUCGGGCGAGCUGCAGCACAGCAGUUGCGAGCAGUACGAAGUGGACUGGAACGCCACGCUAACCUGCGACACCCAAGAACUGGACCUGAGCGGGACGCCCACCAAACCCUGCACCAGCGGAUGGGAGUACGACUACGAGGGGAGGAAAUCCUUCGUUACUGAGUUUGACUUGGUGUGCGACGACGCCUGGCUGAUGGACAUGUUCCAGGCCAUGCUCAACAUCGGCUUCCUGCUGGGAAGCAUCACCAUUGGUUACCUGGCCGACAGGUUUGGCAGGAAGAUGAGCUUCGUGAUGUCCAACCUGUUCAACGGAGUGGCGGGUAUCCUGGUGGCCGUGUCGCCCAACUACGUGUCCAUGCUGAUCUUCAGGGUGCUCUUCGGGUUUGGCGUGAAGGGUGGCUGGAUGGCGGGAUACGUGCUGAUCACGGAGAUCGUGGGCGUGGAGUCGAGGCGCACGGUGGGCAUUCUGUACCAAAUGUUCUUCAGCGUGGGGCUCCUCCUGCUCCCCCUGCUGGCCUAUUUCAUCACUGACUGGCGCUGGCUGCAGGUGGUCAUCACAGUUCCCUACUUCCUCUACGUCUUGUACUAUUGGCUCAUCCCGGAAUCUCCAAGAUGGCUGCUAUCGCAGAACAGGAAGACUGAAGCUGUGGAGAUCACUGAGGCAAUGGCCAAGGAGAACAACAAGACUCUGUCCAAAAACAUUGAGACGCUGACGGACGACAACGCCGACUCGGCGUCCACCGCCUCCAUGAUGGACCUGAUCCGAACGCCCAACAUGAGGAAGCACACCUUCAUUCUCAGCUACAACUGGUUCACCAGCGCUGUGGUCUACCAGGGUCUGAUCAUGCGUCUGGGCAUCAUGGGAGGAAAUGUCUACAUCAGCUUCCUGAUCUCCUCCCUGGUGGAGUUCCCCGCCGCCUUCCUCAUCCUCUUCACCAUUGAACGCGUGGGCCGCCGACUCCCCUUCGCCACCGCCAACGCCGUGGCCGGAGCCGCCUGCUUCAUCACCGCCUUCCUGCAUGACGGCUGGUUGAAGACGGCAGUGGCGUGCGUGGGCCGACUGGGCAUCACCAUGACGUUCGAGAUGGUCGUCUUCGUCAACACGGAACUAUAUCCGACUUUUGUCAGGAACCUGGGUGUGUCAGUGUGUUCCACGCUGUGCGACGUGGGCGGUAUUGUGGCCCCCUUCCUGCUCUACCGGCUGGCUGUCAUCUGGUUGGAGCUGCCCCUAAUCAUAUUUGGCUUCCUGGCAUUAUUGGCCGGCGCUUUGGUCUUGAUGCUUCCGGAAACCCGCGGAAUCCCGCUGCCCGAGACCAUCGACGAUAUCGAACACCCAGACAAGGUGAAGCAGAAAGCGACGGAGAAGCAGAAGCAGUUGUCCAGCAGGCUGCUCCCCAACACCAAUGGCAACAUUUCCACCAACCAAGACCCCGCAAGUGUCUGAGCACAUUCUCUGAAUCCAUUUUAUUUAUUUAUGCUGCAAACUAGUAGAAACUUCACGUGUUCAGCUCAUUGCCAAAGGUUCUUCUCAUGCCUUCCUAGUCCCUGUACACAAUAGCGCAAGUGUGACUGCAGCUUGUCAAAGGAUCUUAGUGUGCUGCAUGCCAUGUGUUGUGUCUGCUCUGUAAAAUGUCUCUCUUUCAGGGAAUAAACCAGAAAGACAAA